ACCUCUGCUUUAGAAAAGUGUCAUGACGCGUCCUUGUGAUGACGUCAUCACCAGAGCGCUAUCUGUCGUGUCUUUCGGUUUACAUUGCAUUGUCUCUUGUAUUUUCUAAUGUUAAACGAUUUUAUUCACGCGCACAUCAUUUGGAUUACAAUAUCAUCAGUUAUCUGCGCUACAUUCCGUAGUCAAUAAUGGAUCUGAAUGCGAUGGCAGAGACUUAUCAGCAGAAAAACAAAAUGUGUUUUAUUCUUGGUGCUUCUGGGGAAACUGGAAAGGUGCUACUAAAAGAAAUAAUGAAGAGUAACAUAUUCUCCAAGAUCACUCUUAUUGGCCGAAGGCAGUUAAAUUUUGAGGACGAAUUCUGUGAAAAUCUGGUGCAGAAGGUGGUGGAUUUUGAAAAGCUGGAUGAGUAUGCUGAAGUGUUUCAGGGCCAUGAUGUGGGAUACUGCUGUCUAGGAACAACCAAAGCCAAAGCAGGAAAUGAAGGGUUUGUGCGUGUAGAUCAUGACUAUGUACUCAAGGCAGCAGAACUUGCUAAAGCAGGAGGUUGCUCUCACUUUCAUCUGGAAUCAUCCAAGGGAGCAGACAAAACCAGCAGCUUUCUCUAUCUGAAAACUAAGGGACAGGUUGAAGCAGAUAUUGAGAUCCUUGGCUUUGAGCGUCUCUCUAUCUACCGGCCAGCGGUGUUAUUGGUGGACAGACAGGAGAGCAGGCCAGCUGAGUGGAUGGCCAGGAAAUUUCUUGGUCCAUUGUCUUAUAUCUUCCCUACUGCAUUGUCAAUCCCAAUCACUUCAUUGACUAGAGCUAUGGUAGUCAACACACUAAAGGAUGGAGAACAAAAAGUAGAAAUACUUGAAAAUAAAGCCAUAUACAAUCUUGGGAAAAUAUGACCUUUUUUCUUUUGUGCAAUUCUGCCAGAACAAUUAGCAAAAAAAAAGUGUUUCAAGCUGUUUCUUAAAGCUGUUUCAAAAGGACUUUGACAUGUUUUCAUCAUAUAUAAGGUAACAUACUAUGUUGUACUAUGGUGUUGU